GAUCGGAAGCUGUCCAAAUCAGAAAGGCAACGGUUUAAGGAGGAAGCUGAAAUGCUGAAAGGGCUUCAGCAUCCUAAUAUUGUUAGAUUCUAUGAUUCCUGGGAAUCUACAGUCAAGGGAAAGAAGUGUAUUGUUCUGGUUACAGAACUUAUGACAUCUGGCACAUUGAAAACAUACUUAAAAAGAUUUAAAGUGAUGAAAAUUAAAGUGCUGAGAAGCUGGUGCCGGCAAAUACUCAAGGGUUUGCAGUUCUUGCACACACGCACUCCUCCCAUUAUCCAUCGUGAUUUGAAGUGUGACAACAUCUUUAUCACUGGCCCUACAGGAUCCGUCAAGAUAGGAGACCUGGGCCUGGCAACUUUAAAGAGAGCUUCUUUUGCCAAAAGUGUGAUAGGUACCCCAGAGUUCAUGGCACCCGAGAUGUAUGAGGAGAAAUACGAUGAGUCCGUUGAUGUAUAUGCUUUUGGGAUGUGUAUGCUUGAGAUGGCUACAUCUGAAUACCCUUAUUCUGAAUGUCAAAAUGCUGCGCAGAUCUACCGUCGAGUGACCAGUGGAGUCAAGCCAGCCAGCUUUGAUAAAGUAGCUAUUCCUGAAGUGAAGGAAAUAAUUGAGGGAUGCAUCCGUCAAAAUAAAGAUGAAAGAUAUGCUAUCAAGGACCUUCUGAAUCAUGCAUUCUUCCAGGAAGAAACUGGUGUGCGUGUAGAGUUAGCAGAAGAAGAUGAUGGAGAGAAAAUUGCUAUUAAGCUCUGGUUACGAAUUGAAGACAUUAAAAAGCUAAAAGGGAAAUACAAGGAUAACGAAGCAAUAGAAUUUUCCUUUGACCUGGAAAGAGAUGUUCCAGAGGAUGUAGCACAGGAAAUGGUUGAAUCUGGAUACGUCUGUGAAGGAGAUCACAAAACGAUGGCCAAAGCUAUAAAGGAUAGAGUAUCUUUGAUUAAGCGAAAGAGAGAGCAGCGUCAGUUGGUGAGAGAAGAACAGGAGAAAAGAAAGCAAGAAGAAGUCAAUCAAAAGCAGCAGACAGAACAGAAAACACAAGCAGGGGCUACCCAGCAAGGAACAAAACAUGCUGUGCCUACUACUAGUGUCACUGCCGUUCCCACCACUUUGACUUCUGUUUCUACCCAAGUAGAACCUGAGGAACCCGAGGCAGAUCAGCAUCAACAGGUUCAAUUCCAGCAACCCAGUGUUUCUGUAUUAUCUGAUGGCACAGUUGACAGUGGCCAGGGUUCAUCUCUCUUUAGUGAAUCAUGUGUGAGUAGCCAACAGACUGCUUCCUUCGGUUCCCAGCAUGAACAGUCUCUUCCAACACUUCCAGCCUCAGGAUAUGCAGUUCCUGUUGGUCAGCCACAGUCACAACAGCCUGGAGGAUACCAGACAUCUACGGCGAUGCAAGGGCAGUCAGCCUCAAAUGAUUCAUCAGUGAGCACACCAUCACAACUUCUGCAGCAAAAUCAACUGACUACCCAGCAGCCAGCCACCUCUCAGCAGACUGGGCAAUACCAGGUUCCACAGCCAUCAGCUUCCACUGGAGCUGCUCCAUUACAGCCAGUAACGCAACAAGCACAAAUAAUGCCUAUGCCUCAGGUACCUGCUGGGACACAGCUUCCUGUUUCCCAAACAGUGCCGAUCAUCCAGGGUGAAUCACAGUUACCUAUGGGAGCACCUUCCCUUGCUCAGUCUUCAGCUGCCCCAGUCAUGUCUCAUUUCCUCUCAAUGGGACAGCCCAUACAACCCCCGCUUCUUCCACAGUUCUCAGCCUCUCAGAUGCCCAUACAAGCACCUCAUGUGUCUGUGGCCCAGCCGUGCUUCCCAUCUCUAUCCAUUUCUAUGGCAGCUGGCAUUAACCAGCCAUUGCUUACUCUGGCUACAUCUGCUGCAGCAGCUGCUAUUCCUGUGGGCUCAACUGUUGUUCCUAGCCAGCUUCCAACUCUCCUGCAGCCUGUGGCUCAGCUGUCCAGCCAGGUGCUCCCACAACUUCUUCAGCCAGGUGUUCAAUCCAUGGGUUUACCUUCUACUCUGGGACAAACUGCUGAAGUACCACUUCCAGCUACAGAUGCUCUAUACCAGGGCUUCCCACCUCGGCUACCAGCACAGUAUAUUGGAGACUCAAAUAUUGCUUCCUCUUCUGUGGCUUCUGCUUGCCUUCCUUCUGCAGUAUUGUCCCCUCCUUUGCCCACAGAUGCAUUGGCUCAGCCAGGCUAUCUUGCUGCAAUAGGGCAGCCUUACAUGGAACAGAAUGUUUUAGUUUCUUUGGGCAGUCUAGGAGGACAGGUUCAAGUGCCACAGUCUGCUUCCACACAGCAGACAGCAUUAGAGAGUACAACUCCUGGAAUCACUCAGAUUGCACCUGCAGAGCCUCAGCCCUCAAUACAGCAGCAACCUUCACAAUCAACUCCAUUAGUUUCUUCAAUAGACAGUGCACAUUCAGAUGUUGCCUCAGGCUUAAGUGAUUGCAAUGAAAGUGUUUCAGUAUCUAGUGGUAGACAUGAAGGGAGGACUACAAAGCGGCAUUAUCGUAAAUCAGUACGUAGCCGUUCUCGACAUGAGAAAUCUACACGUCCCAAACUGAGAAUUCUUAAUGUUUCAAAUAAAGGUGAUCGGGUUGUGGAAUGUCAGCUAGAAACACACAACAGAAAAAUGGUUACUUUCAAAUUUGACUUGGAUGGUGACAAUCCAGAGGAAAUCGCUUCUAUAAUGGUGCAAAAUGAAUUCAUAUUAGCAACAGAGAGAGAUUCAUUUGUUGAGCAGGUUCGAGAUAUUAUAGAAAAGGCAGAUGAAAUGCUCAAUGAAGAUCCCAGUAUGGAGGCAGAAGGUGAUCAAAGUAUGGAUAGUAUACAGAGCCAGAAAUUGGAUGGAGACUUCAAACAACCAGAUCCUGUAUCUUCCAUGCCACAAAAAAUAGGUGUACCUCCUAAUUCACUUACUCAGGUUGUCCAUUCUGCUGGAAGAAGAUUUAUUGUCAGUCCUGUACCAGAAAGUAGAUUACGAGAACAGAAAUUUUUCACUUCCAUUCCAUCAGAAUAUGAGCUUUUUGAUACAGUUGCUGCUUCCACAUCUCAUGGUCCUGGGAUGAAUCUCUCACAUUCUGCAUCAUCACUCAGCCUGCAGCAAGCUUUCUCAGAUCUCAAGCAUGUGCAACUUACUGAAGGACCUAGCACAGCUCCCCCAGUUUUUAACCAAGCUGUGCCUCCUUUUCCUACUGUAGCUUCAGGUGUAAAUGGGCUGCCAUCUAUAUCUGUAACUGCUUCUUCUGUGUCACUUCCUCCUUCCAUUAGUAUUUCUUUAUCAACAACUCAGUCCACAGAAAAGGUGACCACAGGGCUUCCAGUGAGUGAAGAAUUGUCAGCCUCAAGCUCUCCACCACCAGUGUUGCAGCUUGGGUCACAAUUAAAUAGUGGAGUAGCUUCAAGUAUCAGUGCACCUUCAUUUUCAUCAACAACUGUAGUCCAGGUGGCUUCUGCUACUGGAGAAAUUGUUUCUAGUAUUAGCACACCUGCUUCUCUAACAUUACCACAAGCUGGAACAACAGGGCCUAGUGUUACAGUAUCAGGUGUUAUGGCACCAUCAGUGCCAUCCCAGCAGGUUGGUAGUGCUGUUUCAACAACUUCUCAAACAGUUCCUGUAUCUUUGGCACAGAGUGUUGUUUCACAGUCUUCUCAGCUGAACACCAGCACCUCUGUUCCCAGCCUAGCAAAAAUGGCAGUGGUUAGUGUGCUGCAGCCAAGAUCAGAAAGCGAACAGACAUCAGAAAAUCCACAGCUAUGCCAUACAGGUGAAAUACCGGUGCAUGUUUCUGUACCUAUAUUCUCUACAGGAACAUCAUGUGUGUCUAGCAGCAGCUCCCAGCAAUCUGUGGUGCAGCCAUUACCCAUCCCAUCUGUAGUCACCUCAUCUAGCUUAGCCACAUCAUUGGGUGCAAUCUCUACCCCAGUAUUACCCCAGGCCCCUUUGCCUGGUGUCUUACCACUGGCACAGCCAGUAGCUAAUAUACCAGCUGUCCAGCAGACUUUAAUACAUAGUCAGCCUCAACCAGCUCCAUUACCCAAUCAACCUCAUAUUCAUUGUCUAGAAGGGGAUAUUGACACCCAGCCCAAAGCACCUGGCAUAGAUGACAUUAAAACCCUGGAAGAAAAACUGCGAUCCCUCUUCAGUGAACAUAGUGGAAUUGGAGCAGCUCAUCCAUCUGUGUCCCUGGAAUCAUCUUUAAUAAUGGAGUCCACAGUCAUUUCUGGCUUACCAAGUACUACUGUUGCACCCACAAAGCCUGUGGCGUCCGUUGCAAGUAGCAGUGUACCACCAGCAAGUUUGAUGCUUGGUCCAACAGGUCUUCCUAUCAUGACACCAGUUGCCACACCUGGGCAAGCAGGCACCCCAAUUAGUUCUGUCCCAGCGACAUGCUGUCCUGCCACAGCAACAACUAAACCAGGGACCCCUUCUUCAAAACCACCUCUUAACCGGGCAUCGGCACUACCAGUAGGUUCUGAACCUCCAGCUGGUGCUCUACCCAGUGAGCAGCUCCCACCCUUUCCGGGACCUACACUAACUCAGUCCCAACAACCUCUGGAAGACCUGGAUGCCAAGUUGAGAAGAACCCUGAGUCCCGAGAUGGUUCCAACAACCACAGCUCCUGUCUGUCCUGUGCCACCUGUGGCAACUUCAGCAGUUACUGGAAUGGUGUCUACAUCAACACAACCUACAGAUCCUGAUUCCCAAGAUGCAGAGAGCUCUGCCCCAACUAGCACCUCAGGAGUUGCAGUUCUUAAGAUGGGUCGUUUUCAGGUGUCAGUGGCAAUGGAUGAUCAGAAAGACAGUGAAAGUAAACCCAAGCACUUUGAUACAACAACCUCGGAAUCCUCAUCUUUGUCCAGCAGCAGUCCAGAGAGUACUCUGGUGAAGCAAAUGUCCAGUGGGACAGCUGAUAAUAUUCCUGUUACUUCAGUAGAUGCAGCGGAUGGUGUUCUUUCACUCCCCUCCACCAUUCAUUUGCAGCCAACCAAGGUUGGGCGUUUCCAGGUGACAACAACAACAGACCAAGUUGGUCGCUUUUCUGUGUCUAGAACUCAAGAUGAGGUAACCUGCAUAGAGAGAGAGGUUCCUGCAGUGGUCCCUUUGUCUGUGGAUUCUGAGCAAGUUUCUUCUCCACUUACAACUCCUAAAUCAGAAUUUGCAGAGAGAAGGUCGUCUCUGCAUCUGAAUGGGCCGUCAUCUGAACUGGAAGCUGCUUUCCUGAGUGGUGCAGCUAAGGAGUUAGAUGAUGGUUCAGGGAGUCCAGAUUCUCUCCAUCCACCUGGGUCAAAGAUCAGUCUUCCAGUCCAGAGCCUUAGCAACUCAUUCAACUCUUCCUACAUGAGCAGUGACAAUGAGUCAGACAUAGAAGAUGAAGAUCUGAAGUGUGAGCUGCGUCGAUUGCGGGAGAAGCACCUUAAAGAGAUUCAGGAACUUCAGAGUCGUCAAAAGAUGGAAAUUGAACUCCUUUACACAAAGUUGGGCAAGGUACCUCCAGCAGUAAUCAUCCCUCCUGCUGCCCCUCUGUCAGGCAGGAGAAGAAGACCUACUAAAGGAAAAAGCAGCAGGUCCAGUCGCAGCAGUUCCCAGGGUAAUAAGAGCCCUCAGAUUUUGGGAAACCUGUCUGCUCAGAGUGCCCCUUCAGUUUUGCCCCAGCAGCAGACCCUGCAUCCACCUGGCAAUGUCCCUGAAACAGGACAGAACCAUCUGUUACAGCCUCUGAAGCCGUCUCCUUCUAGUGAAAAUCUCUACUCUGCUUUUACCAGUGAUGGUGCCAUUUCUGUUCCAAGCCUUUCUGCACCAGGCCAAGGCUGUGUGAAGUUUAACUGUGCAUCUGAGCGGGUGACAUUCAAGCCUGGUGGCAGGAGGACCCGAUUUCUGAGGAAGAUGGUGAAAAAAGUCUGCCCUUGCAACCAGCUCUGUAGGACCAGCAGUAUAAACACUGUUGGGGGUACAGUAAACAGCCAGGCACCCCAGUCUCAGCCCCCUGCCUCUAGUCGGAAAGGAACCUUUACUGAUGACCUGCACAAACUAGUGGACAACUGGGCUCGUGAUGCUAUGAAUCUCUCUGGCAAGAAAGGAGGCAAAGGACAUGGCAAUUAUGAGGGUCCAGGAAUGGCAAGGAAGUUCUCUGCACCAAGCCAACUCUGCAUCUCGAUGACAUCAUCUCUUGGUGCUACCCCUAUCUCUGCAGCAUCAGCUACCUCCCUAGGUCACUUCACCAAGGCCAUGUGUCCCCCUCAGCCAUUUGGUUAUCCAACAGUGCCCUUUGUGGCCCCCUGGAGUGGGACAGGUGGUCCAGCACAGCAGCCUUUAAACCAGUUCCAGCCUGUAGGAACUGCCUCAUUACAAAGCUUCAACAUCAGCAACUUGCAGAAAUCUAUCAGCAACCCCCCUGGCUCUAAUCUGCGGACCACUUAGUGAUUCCCAGCCACAUUGCUGGGUAGACCUUUGGGCAGGGGUUGGGGCCUGAAUUAACUGCUAGGCUCUUUGUGCCCAAAGGGGAUGGAUCCCCCCCCCUAACCAUUGCUCUCUGCUCUCAGUAAGUAAAGCCCCCCAUUUGGAAGAUGGGGAGAAAGGUGAUCAGGAUCCUCUAUGAUGGGACAUGCUUCCUCUAAUUCUUGUGUGUGGCAGAAUGUAUAAAGAUGGAAAUCACCAUGCAAGCCAGCAGCCUCUGACUGUAAAAUUCAUUUGACUUAAGAGGCUGGUUCUUAUGGGUUGAGAAGAGAGUUGUUAGCCCUCGCAUGAAUCUUGAGUAUGCUGUUUGCCUUGCUCUGAAGAAUUAAGCCCAGGGGAAAAGCUGUCCAUUUUUUCACCACCUUGUCUAUUCCUUCCUUCAAAGUAUCACACCACAGUUCCUGAACUGGUGAGCACACAAGUGGACAUGCAGAACAGCCCAUGCUUUGAGAUAAGUCAUUCCUGCUUUCAGGAAAAGAUAUUAACAGCUUUGACAGCAGCAUUAGAGCAAUUUAAAAUGUUUAGAAGAAAAAAAUUUAAAAGUUCCCUGCGGACAUGUACUUACCAUCAGUUUUGAUGUGGAAACACUGUGAUAUAUAAAUGUUGUUGGACAACAGUAGUUUAAAAAAAUGAGUGGAGUAUAGAGGGUUAAACAGUCAAAAAAAGAAAAAAUGGGAAAAAAGCUAGCUAUAUCCUGAUACUUAUUGGAGACACUUUAACUUUUUUCCUUUUUAUUUUCAUUGUAUUAGAUAAAUGUGAAUGUAUAAUUGUAUAAAUUAAUGUACUUGAAUACUUGUCUGUUCUCCCAGUAUGCUUGCUGGAUAUUUUAGUGCCUUGGACUUUUUAUUGCUUCUGCAGUUAGCAUCACCUUCCCAGCAGACUUUAGACAGACCGAGGGAGAGGGGAGAGGGAGGUUACUUGGACAUAGUCACUGCAAUACCAAAGGCCUAACACAUUGGAUGUUUAUACUAUAACAGUGUCUAGAGUAGGUGUUGGAGGGGGAGUUACUGCAGCUGUAUGUUGAAAAGGUAAAGCUAUGGAGUGGUGGGGGAACUAGCGAUGGAUAUUGGUGGAGGGUACAGAAAUGAUGAAAUGUAGUGUAACCAGAGUAAAAGCUGGGCUGAAUGCGAACAGAGAGAGAGAGAGAGAGAGAGAGAGAGGUUUGUCUUUGAAAGGACAGCUCCUGUGGGCAGGCUGACUGAAAGCUACAAAGGUUUCCAAGAGGGGCAAUGUGUGUUCAGAGACUGGAGCUGAUCCCUCUGGGGAGUGUGAAAGUCUCCUGGGAUUUGCUCCUCACUGUCCUUCAUUCUACCUAGAAAGGGCAGGAAUAGAUUCCUGAUGCAGGUUUCAUUGCCAAGGAUAGAUACACUUGAAACACCCAGGAUCCAAAAUAACUUGUUUUUGUUAAAUGUCUAAAGGACUUAAACCUGGUACAAGACUGUAACGGUGUUGCCUUCUAGUAGGUGUACUAUAUCUCCUACUUUCCACUCAUCUUUAUUUCUAACUCAACAUACAGAUUCUUUAUUCAAAUGAAAUACUGCAACCAACUAGUAUUACUCUGUAUUGCUGCAGCAGGCUGUGAAGGGUCAAAGUACUUCUAUUUUGUAUUUGGGAGUAGCUUUACUGCUGGUCUAAAAGUUUGUAUACUAAGUAAAAAAAUGUCCCCCCCCCCAAAAAAAAAGUUCCUUUAAGGUUAGCAGGGAAUUUGUUAUUUCUGUACUUGUUCACUCUACCCUCAAACAUAUGCACAGGUUUGUCUUUCCAUCCCUUUGUCUCAAGUUGAAGUUUAGAGUGGCUUUGUCAAGAAGAUAGGUCUUGGUAUGGUGGCUGAAAAACAAAAGACAAGAGUCUAGGUAGCUGGGCUUCAACAAUUUUUCAGACUUUAAGUCCCCAUUUUGAUGGAAUAUGGGGAAGCUAUGGCUUCCUGCUGUUAAGUUAAUGGAGAAGCCUGUACUUUCUGAGUUUGUGGCCAUUUUCUAAAGAGAGAAAAUGAGUUGAUGUGCAGAAAGUAUAAAGAAGCAAUGAGGAGAGAUGCCACUUCAUGGUAGAAUGGUCAGCUGAGUGUUGCACGAGGAUGGUAUUUUGGUUUAAUAUGUUUGAGGUUGGGUUUUUCACUUAGUUAUGCAAGUACUGGUUUUAUUUACCAUUGAUUUCCCUCCUGUGGAUUAAAUAACUGAGGUCUAGAAGAAUUAACUAAUGCUACUGAACUGUUAAAUUAUUUUGUGUUAAUAUUACACUUUGAGUAUCUUUUUCCACAAGAUCUGUUUCUGAAUUACAGAUGUUUUCUUUACAUUAUUUAACAAUGUACACUGUAAAAAUAAAAUAAAAUAAAUUCAAACCUUG